AUGAGGAACAUAUAUCCUCACAUAUUGCUUCUUGUCAGUAUAGUUUUCUUGGCACUUGACCUCGGUGAAAGCCUCCAUCCUCAUCAUUUUACUUACAAAGUGAAAGGUGGUUAUGGUGAAUCCCAAAAUCAUAAGCAUCCCAAGGAAGGAAAAAACGUAGAACUUGGAAUGGAUUUAUACCCUACAGGAUCAAGCAUACCAGAUUGCUCACAUGCAUGUGGGCCAUGUUUUCCAUGUAGGAGAGUGAUGAUAAGUUUCAAGUGUUCCAUGCCUGAAUCAUGUCCUGUUGUCUACAGGUGUACUUGUAGAGGCAGAUACUAUCAUGUUCCAUCGAAUUGA